CGUCAAUCGUUUUCUUCGUCCUCUCUCGCCUCCCGCCUCUGUCUUUCUCUCUCUCACUCACUUACACACACACACAUUCGAUGAUUGACAGACUCCUGGCCCCAGGGACACACGAAGCUAAUGCCCACAACCAUUUUGUCGAAAAUUGGUUCAAUUGGCACACAGACCACCCCUCCAUGGACGAAGCCCUCCUCUCGGGCUGCGCUUCCUACAGGGCUUUUGAACGUUACCUCUCCGGUCAGGACCUCUUCCUCCUGCCCCGCUCAAAAGUCGAGCUCGAGAGCAUACUCCGUCGCUACGCUUAUGAUGCCAUCCACAACGCCAUAGCCCAGUCUCGCUCUGCCCUCCAGACAGGCGGAUACUCAAGGAUCUGCUAUCAGGCCGAAAAAUCAAUUCGUGAGGUCUUGAAAAACGAUACCAACGUCCAAGUCCUUCUCGCUCUCCAUCGUCCUAGCAGUGGCCCUGUCGUCGCCAGUGAGACCAACACACCUCUCCCCACCGCGGGCACCGCCAUCGCUGCCGUCUGAAACAAGGGGUAUCAAUGAAAGAACAACAAAUCAGUGUACUUUUUCCCUCCCUCCCAUAAUUUAUAUUCCCUAUUCCAUCCUCCAUUCGUGUAUAUUGUUUUCUUGUUGUAUCGUUUGCAUCCACAUCAUCCUGUACUAUUAGCUGCAUUAUCCUACUAUCAUGACAUGU